AUGUCUGACUCUGGGAAGCGAGCCCCCCUACGAGGGGCUGGUUGCAUCUCGCUCACUCGGUUGUUAAGAUUUCUCUCCUCAGAGUACCGAAUCCUGUUCACCGUUGUUUUCCUAGCCAAUCUCAUUGGCGUGGUUUUGUUUUUAUGGCUUUGGUUCCUGCACGGUCAUCCCAACCAAACGACUUGCGCUUUAGCCACAUCUAUCAACCUUGCCGUCUCAAUUGUCAUUCGCGAGGAGCACGUUGUUAACGGUCUCUACUACGUUUUCACGGCGCUUCCCCGGACAUAUCCUCUUUGGAUUCGACGGCGAGUGGGCAAGAUUUACCACCUUGGUGGCCUGCACAGCGGGUGUGGUGUGGCGGCAACGUUCUGGUUCAUUUUCCUAUCGAUCGAAAAGACUGCCUCCUUCAGUUCCGAAUCCAAUAAAGAUGGCGAAAGAUGGACACACAUUGUGGUUGUGUACAUGCUGGAUUGUCUCCUCAUUGCCAUGCUGGUCAUGGCCUAUCCGGCAAUCCGUGCCAAAUUACACAACGCCUUCGAAGUGGUCCAUCGGUUUGCUGGGUGGUCUUGCCUCGCCCUUUUUUGGUGCCUGACGAUUCUAGACGUCUCGAUCAACACUGCAUCCGAUGAAUCUAUCGCAGCCGCCGUAUUCAGCAGUGUCAACGUUUGGCUCAUCUUCAUAUCAACCUGCAGCGUUGUUUCGACCUGGUUGAACUGCCGCAAGAUACCCGUUCAGUCGGAGAGACUUUCAUCACACGCUCUGCGAAUGUAUUUCAGCUACUGCAAUCCACAACCCGGGACGACCAUUCGCCUCUCCUCACGACCGCUGCUUGAGUGGCACGCGUUUGCGACGGUGAACAACCCCAAAGAGGCCGGUUUCUCGGUCGUCAUCUCCAAUGCUGGUGACUGGACCAAGAAAGUUAUCACCAACCCUCCACGCGAAAUUUGGGUCCGACGUACCCCGACAUGCGGUGUCCUACGCAUUGCCCCGAUGUUCAACAGCAUCUUGCUAGUUGCCACUGGCUCAGGCAUUGCUCCCUGCCUCCCCGUCAUCAUGGCGAAGCAGACGAAUAUCAAUCUAUUUUGGUCGACCCGAGAUCCUCUUGAAACCUACGGACCGAAUAUUGCCUCCGUUAUCCAUGGCCUGGGUGAGAAGGCACACAUUCACAACACUUCCACGAUGGGGAGGCCAAAUACCCUGCCAACUGUCAUGGAUCUCUACAAACGCACAGGUAGCGAAGCUGUGGUAGUUAUCUCGAAUCCAAAGUUGACGAUUGAUCUGGUCAUUGAUUUGGAGGCCCUGGGAGUGCCAGCAUUUGGACCUAUUUGGGAUUCUUGA